GUGGCGCUGCUCGCGCGUGCGCGCGGACGGCACGUGUCGGCGGGGCAGCAUGGCGGAGUGGCGCGCGGUGCCCAGCGACCUCUUCCCUUUCGUGCUCUCCUUCUUGCGCGAGAACCGCUUCGAGGGCGCCGCGCGCGCCUUCGCUAAGGAGGCUGCGGCGGUGAGCGGCGGGAAGGAGCAAGACCCCAACGCAGCCUCCCUCCUGGAUAUCUAUAGUUACUGGCUGAAGUCUCCGGCGGCCAAGAAGAGAAAGGCUGUUCCCAACGGUUCCCAGGCGAAGAGGAAGCCGUCCUCCAGCAGCGAUGACAGCUCCAGCGAGGAGGAUGAGAAGCCCCCAGCCAAGAAACCAGCUAAAGCAGCAGCUGUGCCCAAGGCAAAAGCAGUUCCUCCAGCCAAGAAGUCAGAGAGCAGCAGUGAGGACUCCAGUGAUGAUUCAGACUCAGAGGAAGAGAAGCCAGCAAAGAAAAGUGCAAAACCUGUGGUGGAGCCAGCUGGUACCAAAAUCCCGCCUCGGAAGAAAGCAGAGAGUUCCAGCUCUGACUCAAGCAGCUCAGAUGAAGAAGCACCAAAGAAACAGCCACCAAAACCAGCAGCACCUAAAUCAGGAAGUAAAGUUGCCCAGGCAGCCACCAAGGUGGUCAAUGGAAAGGCAGCAAGCAGUAGCAGUAGUAGUGAAGAUUCUGAUGAGGAAGAAACUGCACCAAAAAAGGCUGUUCCCAAGAAAUCGCCUCUGCCAAAACCCGCAGCCACUCAAGCAUGUCCAGGAAAAAACAAACGUGCCAAAGAAAGUUCUAGUAGCGAGGACUCAUCUGACAGUUCAGAUGAUGAAAAGCCACCUGCAAAACAAAAGCCGAAGCCUGGUCCAUACAGUGCUGUACCACCUCCUCAGGCUACACAGACCAAGAAAGGCCUUGCCAAGGUUCCUGUGAAAAAGGCUGAGAGCAGUGACUCUUCAGACAGUAGUGAUGAGGCAGAGCAGGUGACCCCAAAGGGUGGAGCAGGCAAAGCAGUAGUAGCCAAAAAAACACCUGUCUCACAAAAAAAAGCUGUGACUACUAAGAAGGAUGAAUCCAGUUCUGACAGUGACUCAGAUUCUAGCUCUGAGGAUGACAAGAAGAAGGUAGGGAAUAAACUCCCAGCUAAACAACCUGUGCUGAAGAGUACUUCAAAACUAGCAAAAGUAUCUGUCAAGCCUGGACAAGCGAAGAAAGAAUCCAGUUCCUCCUCAGACAGUUCAGAUUCUGAUAGCUCUGACAAGAAGGCCCCCGUGAAGCCCACAACUAAAGCAGCAGCCCCUGCAACAAAUAAGUCACAAGCUGCAACAAAUAAGUCACAAGCUGCAACAAAUAAGUCACAAGCUGCCACAAAGAAAACACAAACUAGCUCUGAUUCAGAUAGCAGCUCCAGCAGCUCUGAGGAUGCAAAGAAGAAGCAAGCCACUCCAGCUAAAUUAGCUGGCAAAGUGGGUAAGCCGGUGUCCAAACCUUCUACCACAGCUUCCAAAGCAGACAGUUCUGACACUGAUAGCUCAAGCAGUGAAGAAGAAAAGAAGCCAGCAGUGAAACCAGCCACCAAAUCUACAGUGAAACCAGCCACCAAAUCUACAGGGACAGCAAAAGCAACUGUGGGGAAGAAGGCAGCUGCUUCUAGUAGUAGCAGCUCAUCCGAUAGUUCCAGUGAAGAGGACGAGAAGCCCAAAAAGGCAGCAAAAGGGGCCCAGAGCAAUUCUAACACUGCUGUCUCCACAGAGAAGGCAAAAGCAUCCACACCAGCAGCAAACAACCUGAAGUCUAAGCCAGCUGAUAGCAGCAGUAGCAGCAGUGAAAGCAGCUCUGAAGAAGAGACUAGAGAAGUCAAUGGAGGCACAAUCGGGAAGAAACAAAAGAGGAAAGAUGCUCAGGAGCCAGAGACACCACACAGGAAAAAGGCAAAGAUCAAAGCCAAAACACCGCACACAGUUCCCAAGGUGAAGCGGCCAGCCUCUCCAUUCCGCCGCGUAAGGGAAGAAGAAAUUGAGGUGGAUGCCCGUGUUGCUGAUAACUCAUUUGAAGCAAAGAAAGGAGCAGCUGGUGACUGGGGUGAGAAGGCUAACAAUAUCCUCAAAUUCACUAAAGGCAAGUCUUUCCGCCAUGAGAAGACAAAGAAAAAACGAGGCAGCUACCGUGGGGGCACUAUAUCAACCCAAGUCAAUUCUGUCAAGUUUGAAAGUGACUGAGAAUGUUUCCUUUGGAAUUCAUAAAACAUCUGCUCACCAGAACGGCCUGGAUGGGCAUGUGAACAUUAUGGACGUCAAGCCUGCCUGGAGUGCUACCUCCCCAUGCCCAUUGUGGGUCAGGCAGCUUCAGUGUAGGGAUGUGGGAGAAUGGUUGGCUGUUUCCCCCUUUUGUUUCCAAUUCUGGUUUAAGCCCCUGAUUUGAAACCAUCCUUGAGCUGGUGUUAUUGACACCACUAGGGUGACUCUCCAAGACUUAAAUUUUCUGUGGUCUUAUUUUAAAA